CAACAUCAAUGGCUACCGACUCCAAAGUUGCUGAUGACAGCAGUACACCUCCUUCGUAUGACACAAUCUUAGCAAGUCCCAUUCAAUGUGAUCAAUCAUCUGUAUUUUCCUUUCGUCGCAUGAAGAAGAAACGUACAGCUGUUCUAUCCCGCAUCCGUGACAUCGUCUUAGCCCCUGACUUCAUCCUUUCUUCUGUGGUUCCAAAUGUCAAUGCCUGCGCUGCUGCUCUCUCAGCUACCGAGUUAUCCAAACUCCUGAAACAGCUCAAUAUCGAGGGCCACACAGCACUGUAUUGGGCAAUUGUGAACAAUCGGCCACAAGCUCUUUGGACAUUUUUCAAGUUCAUUUCCGGCACGAGUCCCUUUGUUUUUUCCGACUUGCGCAUUGCUUGCAUGAUAACCAACGACUAUACAAUGUUUAAGGAGCUCAGAUUUGGAAACUUAAGUGACAGGCGUUCGAGAUGCUUUUUAGGAUGUCUACCAGAUGAAGUCCAGGUACAUACAUGCAACGAACCCACCAACCAGUUCGAUGUUGUUUUUCAAAUCAGGAUGUUCCAGAAACGCCUGCGCACUGCUACUGCCAAAAGUCUGCGCUUUGAAUUUGUCGCAGGGGGACGCAUAUGGUGGCUUCGC